AUGGCAGAAAUUGGGUUCAUUUGUGUCGGAAAUUUAAGAUGGGGUUCUGAUUCUUAUGAUAAAACGGUUGGGAUGACCUUAACAGACAUUGUAGAUUUAUCUAGCGAUGAUGAACUUGGAGAGGUUGAUGUGAAACCUGUUAAGUUGGAGCCAGGUCUUGUUGGAAGAAAAUUGCAACAGAAUGAGAACAAUAAGGCUCUACUUGCGAAGCAUCAAAAGUCAAAAACCCCAUGUGCAAUAAGAGAAUCUGAAGAAAAUAGGAGCUCAAAUGCUCUAAGUACUGGUCACAGUAGCUCUAGUAUAUUAGACCAAGGGCAGUCACCAGUGGAUGAUACUGGCCUUUCUUAUACAUCGCCUUUAUCUCCAGCACCACUUUGUCGGCAGUUUUGGAAAGCUGGGAACUACAAUGAUGGCAUUGGUUCUAAAGUCACAAUUCAAAAUGGCAAAAACUAUCUACAUGUCCACCCAAUGUUCCUUCAUUCAAAUGCCACUUCACAUAAAUGGGCCUUUGGUGCCAUAGCAGAACUACUUGACAAUGCAGUUGAUGAGAUCCAAAAUGGGGCCACUUUUGUCAUUGUAGAUAAAACCUCAAAUCCAAGGGAUGGAAGUCCAGCAUUGUUAAUUCAAGAUAAUGGUAGUGGGAUGGACCCUGAAGCUAUGCGGCGCUGUAUGAGUUUUGGGUUUUCAGAUAAGAAAUCGAAAUCAGCCAUUGGACAAUAUGGAAAUGGCUUCAAGACCAGUACUAUGAGACUUGGUGCAGAUGUUAUUGUGUUCAGCCGUCACCAGGAUAAGAGGGUAUUGACUCAAAGCAUUGGUCUUCUCUCUUAUACAUUCUUGGCACGAACAGGCCAUGACAGAAUAGUAGUACCGAUGGUGGAUUAUGAAUUCAACACAUCAACUGAGACAUUAGAAAUAAUGCAUGGGACGGAACAUUUCAUGUCUAAUCUUUCCAUGCUUUUGCAGUGGUCCCCAUAUUCAACGGAGGCUGAUCUUCUGAAGCAGUUUAAUGACAUUGGAGCUCAUGGUACAAAGGUUAUUAUCUAUAAUUUAUGGUUCAAUGAUGACGGGAAUGUGGAGCUAGACUUUGAUACAGAUCCUGAGUGGGGAUACGAAAAAGUUAACGCUUCAUCCAAAUGGAAGACAGUAAAUGAAGAGCACAUUGCUAACCGUUUCCAUUAUUCUCUCCGGGUAUACUUGUCCAUCUUAUACUUGCGGAUACCGGAAACCUUUCAAAUAGUACUUCGUGGACGAGUUGUUGAGCAUCAUAAUAUUGCCAAUGAUCUCAAAUUUCCAGAAUUUAUCUUGUAUAAACCACAAAUGGGAGGUUCUGUGGAGGGUCAAGUUAUUACGACUAUUGGAUUUCUUAAAGAAGCUCCACAUGUCAGUUUUCAUGGCUUCAAUGUUUAUCACAAAAAUCGUCUAAUAUUGCCAUUUUGGCAGGUCGUGAGCUAUUUAGACAGUAGGGGUCGUGGGGUUGUUGGUGUUUUGGAAGCAAAUUUUGUUGAGCCGAGUCACAACAAACAAGAUUUUGAGAAAACUUCUCUUUUUCAGAAACUUGAAGCUCGUUUGAAGGAGAUGACAUGGGAAUACUGGGAUUAUCAUUGUGGGCUAAUUGGGUAUCAGGUAAAGAAAAAGCUUAUCCCACAAGUUUCAUCCAAUCGUAUGCCACAUAGUGGUGUUCAACAACCUGUCACAUUGGGUCAAAGUUCCCCUGCUGUUGGUAGUAAAAAGGCAGCAGUUGGAAGAUUUGAGCAAUUAAUACCCGACUCCCAAGGAAGGAUUAAGAGAAAGGAGAAUGGUGAUAUUCCACUAGUAAAAAAUGUGAAGGCCAAGCUGAUUGAUGGGAAAAGUCAGAAUGUACAGCUUGUGAAUCCUACUGGAAGCCAGCUGAAAGAUGCAGAGGCUGUAAAUUUGAUGCAAGAGAACAAAAAGCUCAGGGCUAAAUGUUUGGAAUAUGAGAAGAGAGGGGAAGAAUUAAAUCUCAAGGUGACACAGCUUAGAAGUGAAAUAAAAGAGCUCAAUGACGAAUACUCUCAGAUGAUGUCCGAAUUAGAAUCUUUGGAGACUGUCAAGGAAGAAUCAGGUAGUUUCGAUGUGGGACUGUGGACAUCAAUUGUGGGACUGCCACGUGUCCCCGGGGGUGAGGUUGCCCUAAUGGUGCGACCGGUAGGAAUGAUACUGAAGAUAGGUGCCGAAGGCUCCCAUAACUCUGGUUUGGUCCACGUGUCCAAUGUUCAUUGGUUGUUCAUUUUGGUAUAA